GUGCAAUAACAAGCAAAUACGAUUCCGAUGGCGUAACCUACGUAGGUACCGACAGGACUGAUUUUCACGAUAGUUGUCCCAAUUACUUUGCACGGGGAAAUGCCAGCUGAUGUCCCCUUUACAUGCCGUCUAUAAACACUACGCCUGGAGUCCUUUCCCUCCCAUUUCUCUUCUUUCUUUCUUUCUUUCUGUCUAUUCUUCCUCCCCAUCUUCAUCCUCCCUGUUAUCUAUCCACAAUCUAUCUAUACGUGUCAGUCAGUCGAUCGGUCAGUCAGUCACUCAACAAAACCAUUUCCAAGCCCCUGUGCUCACUGCAAAACUCGUCGUUCCAAGGACAUCGUGCUCACUGAAUCCAUCCCGGAUAGUUUCCCCGAGGAUAAAAGAUGUGGUUUAGGAAACCACACACACGGGACGUUAUCUCGCCCCUUCGCAUCCAGGACAUCUUGAACCCCCCCGCGACCCCUGUUGAUAUGCCAUCCCAGAGCCAGAAAAAAGGGGGCAAUGGGCGUGGCGAGAUGGGUGAGAACCAUGCCCCUCGCUCUGAGUCGACCAGUUACGAAUCCGGAUCCGAGCUCGUGUCCGAAUCCAAGCCCAAGCCCGCGUCGGUGUCGGUGUCGGUGUCGGUGUCGGUGUCGGCGUCGGCGUCCGAGACGGUUCGGCCCGCCAAGCGGAGUUACUCGGCAUUCGGCAUUCCCGACACCGGCUACUAUGGCACCUCUUCUCAGGUUAAGCGCCAGCGCCAUGGUUGUCAGCGUUGUCAGGACAAGGGCGCCGAGCUGAACGACAUGGAGGACCUGCAGACGCGGGACGAGGAGUGGGACCAUCCGGCGGUCAUGCUCUUUGGCGGCCUCGACUUUGUCGAAGAGAAGGUGGAGGCCCUUGCACCCACGGCGCGCGUGGGCGAGGAGGAGAUUGUCGAUACGCGCCACCGACUGUACGAUGUUUUCGGGGAGUAUAUACUCGAGGUCUUGCCCCAAGAUUUCAAGCGGGAGUUCAAGGUCGCGAUGGGCACAAUCGACGAGGAUGAGAAGGAGGAUGGUUAGCUGAUGUCGUCUGUGAGUUAUCCCCUUUGGUCUACGGCUAGCGACUGUGUUGCUGACCUGCGCCUACAGACAGGCAGAUAUCGACAGACACACCGAUGCUUUUUGGUGUCUCUUUUCGCCUGCCGACAUCAUUCGGGACGCACAAACCGGUGCCCGCCCCAUAGCGUUUCGCCCUCCCCGUCGUCUCGUCGUCGCAUUUCACCCAGCAAUUUUCUUUCCCCCCGAACCUCGGGCGAGGCCUUCGACUGCUGGACCUGGAACCCCGACACUCCCAGGGGUUGACAGAAAUUACGAAAGGAUCUGGUCUGCUGUCAACUUGAGAUGC